CCACUCAAACAUGUCAGUAACGAAGUUGGGAUGGGUUGAUUCAUUACCCCAGGAACUUAAAUCCAACAUCAUUACCCUCAUCAAACAAGAUACAAGCAAUGUCAGUGUAUUGGACAGCUUAUACACUUACCUCACGGAGGAGUUUGAAAACAAAAAGAGAAAAAUCAGCCCGAAAGCGGACCUGGAACCUACGUCUUCCAUCAAAAUGCUUUCAGAUUACAGCAUCCAAGUCAAUAGAAAAAUCUUAGAGGAAGAAACCAUCUUUGAGUUGCCCCAAAUCUCCUUUCAAUCGCCAUUGAGAAAGAAAAUGAAUCUUCUUUUGCACUUGUUACCAGAGAACGGAGCAAAUCCAAUAUUACUGAUAGUUAAUCCAACGACAUCUGAACCAGAAUUAUCAUACAUUCAGUUGGACAAGGCCAUCAAGCUUUGUGUGCUAUUACCUAUAUUAGGGAUGUCAACAGUGGAGUCUAAGAAAAACAUUGGCUCUUUAUGUUUUUGGUUGAGCGACGAAGCCAUUCCAGAUCCAACCAAGACCGAUCCUAUAGUGUGCCAAAUCAACUUGGACUUGGUCAAAAAGCACUUGGUGAAAACAGGAAAAAUUCCUGCCACUGCUGAAAGUCAAAUGUUGGAGCCUACCCAGUUGGAAGGUAUAAAGCCCAUUAAUGAAGCCAUCAUUCAGUUUUUAACCAGACAGUUCAAACUUUGUGGCAUCAACUUGAUUAACUAUCUUCCGUCCUGUGACAUCAACAGAAACAAAUUGAGAAUGAGCAAAGAUACUGGUGUAGUGAUCAGCCACAGAGCCAACAACGUCAAUGACAUGCUUUUGAUAGAAGCGUACAAAGGAUCUAAGGACGGAUCAUUGAUCAUGGUGAACCAAAACGAGUUUAACCCUUCGUAUAUUGGGUUUGGUUUCAAGAAACCCAUCAUGCUUUUCCUGCUCAACGAUGUUGUGUCCUUUUCGUUCUCUGAUGUGACUAAGUACACCUUUAGCGUGAGAUUUGAGGUCAAGAAUGACAAGAAAGAUAAGCCAGAUGUUGUGGAAUUUAGUAUGAUUGAUCAGCUAUACUAUACAGCCAUUGAUGAAUUCUUGAAGAUGCAAAACAUCAGCAACAACUCCUUCGAUGAAAGCUUGAAAGAACAACCAUUGAAGCCAGAUGGGAAGCCGGGAGAUGCCCCAGACCAAGCCACAGAUGUGACUGCUGCAGUUUCUGCUGCCGAUGAUGAUGAAGACGAGGAAGAAGAUGGUAAUUACCAGGGGGGAGAGGAGGAAGACGAUGACGAAGAUGUCGCCGAAGAGUACGAUAGCAAUGCCGAAGGUUCAGAGGGUGAAGACAGUCAAAAUGAACAAGGAGACGAAGAUGGAAUUCUACAACAAGGACAAGAAGAAGACGUAGACAACGACGCUAUUGAAAUCAUUGAUUAAUACUCGUAUAUAUUAGUAAAGCAGAAAUAUGUAGAACUAUUGCUAGUUUUCUAAUAAGUAAGUCAUGCAAAUGGUGAAGGGCUGUGAAUGGUUGAUGUUGGGUAAAGUCCUCUUCACUUAUACUUGGCCCCGUAUUUAUCAAACAAUGAGAAAAAUCUACCUUGUCUUUUAUCGGCAGUUAUUCUGUGAUCUUCUGCUUGGGUAAACUCGUUGAACAAUUCUUGCUUGGCUCUUUGUUCUCUUAAAACGUCCAAUCUUCUAUUCAAUAACUGUCUAUUAUUGUCUACUACUCCAUUGAAGAAGUAAUAGGAUCCCAUGAAAAUAGCACCACUGGCAGCGUAUCCGGUGAUUUGUUUGUAUCCACCUGUAGGGACUCUACCGAUGAUACUGAGUUGUAAUCUUCUGGCAACCAAGCCUAAUCCGCCACUUAAUAUGAAUCCACUCAACGUUACCAUUGUAUUUAAGCAGCCUUUUAUUGGUU